GUGAGUGCACACGGGACCAGGGAAGGGUCAUGCUUCGUGUUGCAUUUGUAGUUUUUUAAACUUUAGUAUUGGACUUCGGUUAUGGCUCGGAUAUUAAACCUCAUCAGCGUUCAGCUGCGCAGAGAUUUGGCCGCGUGUCGAGGCGUCGCCGGCCUGCCUUUGAGAACCAUCAGCUGCACUUCAAGAAAACAAGGAGGAGAGAGUGAUGCAUCUUCAGUUUUGGGGAAGAGGUGGAAGGACACUGCAGAAACUGUCAUCAUUGGUGGUGGGUGUGUGGGCGUCAGCUUGGCCUAUCACCUGGCCAAAGCUGGGAUGAAGGACGUGGUGUUGCUUGAGAAGACUGAGCUGACAGCUGGAUCCACCUGGCAUGCUGCUGGCUUGACAACGUAUUACCAUCCAGGCAUCAACCUCAAGAAAAUCCAUUAUGACAGCAUUAAAUUAUACGAGACCCUGGAGGCUGAAACUGGGCAGGCAGUGGGCUUGCACCAGCCAGGCAGCAUUCGUAUUGCUUCAACACAGAGUCGGGUGGAUGAAAUGAAGUACCAGAUGACCCGCACACAUUGGCAUGUGACAGAACAGUACCUGAUUGGACCAGAAAAAAUCCAAGAACUGUUCCCUCUGCUUAACAUGGACAAGGUGUUGGCAGGUCUUUACACACCAGGAGACGGCCACAUCGACCCUUACUCUCUGACCAUGGCUCUGGCUGCUGGAGCUCGUAUGCACAGUGCCCAGAUUUAUAAUCAUGCCCCGGUGACCGGCCUCAAGACCACGUCUGAUGGCAAGUGGAACGUCCAGACAUCUCAUGGAACGAUUCGGGCAAACCGCGUUGUCAACACAGCAGGUUUCUGGGCCCGGGAGGUGGGCAAGAUGAUUGGGUUGGAGCACCCUACCAUUCCAGUGCAUCACCAGUAUGUAGUAACAGCCACAAUACCAGAGGUGAAGGCUCUGAAGAAGGAGCUGGCAGUCAUCAGGGACCUGGAGGCCUCUUAUUACCUGCGUCAGGAAAGAGAUGGCCUGCUGUUUGGCCCAUAUGAGAAGAUGGAAAAGAUGGUGUUACAGGACUCCUGGGUGAGAGAUGGAGUACCACCAGGUUUUGGUAAGGAGCUGUUUGAGUCUGACCUGGACAGGAUAAUGGAGCAUGUUGAGAUGGCCAUGGAGAUGGUCCCUGUGCUGAAGAAAGCUGACAUCAUUAACAUUGUUUCUGGACCAAUCACAUACACCCCUGACCUGCUGCCUAUGGUUGGACCACACUACGGAGUUCGCAACUAUUGGACGGCAAUUGGCUUUGGGUAUGGAAUUAUUCAUGCUGGUGGCGUGGGCAAGUUCCUGAGUGACUGGAUCAUGAAUGGAGAACCUCCCUACGACCUGAUUGAAUGUGACCCCAACCGCUAUGGCAAGUGGACUGAUGUACCCUUUAUGUGUGCCAAAGCUCGAGAAUCCUAUGGCUUCAACAAUGUAGUUGGUUACCCCAAGGAGGAGCGUUUCGCUGGUCGGCCAACCUGCCGAACUAGUGGUGUUUAUGAGCUGCUGAAAGACAAAGGAUCUAUGGGCUUUCAUGCUGGCUGGGAGCAACCUCACUGGUUCUACAAACCUGGAGACGACAUUGGAUACAAGCCCAGCUUCCAACGCACAAACUGGUUCGGACCGGUUGGCAGAGAGUGCAGGCUGGUGAUGGAGAAGGUGGGAGUGAUAGAUCUGACACCUUUUGGCAAGUUUGUAGUGAAGGGGAAGGACUCGCAUAAGCUGCUGGAUCACCUGUUUGCUAACACCAUGCCCAAGGUGGGCAUGACCAACAUUAGCCACAUGCUGACUCCCACUGGGAAAGUCUUUGCUGAGGUUACCAUCACUCAGCUGGCGCCAGGAGAGUUCCUGCUCAUCACAGGCUCAGGCUCGGAGCUACAUGACCUCAGGUGGAUAGAAACACAAGCUGCACAAGGCGGAUAUGACGUUGACAUUACCAACGUGACUGAAAACAUAGGUGUGCUGGGCAUCGCAGGACCAAACUCUCGCCAAGUUCUCCAGAAGCUGACAAACGAGGAUAUGAGUGACGCCGGAUUUAAGUUUCUCCACUGCAAGCUCAUCCAGCUUGCCGGCAAGCCUGUCCGGGCCAUCAGGAUCUCCUACACCGGUGAGCUUGGCUGGGAGCUGUACAUUGACCAGAAGGACAUGGCAGCUGUGUACCGGGCCACGAUGGAAGCAGGAAAAGAUGAGGGCAUUGACAAUUUCGGCACCUAUGCAAUGGCCUCCCUCCGCCUGGAGAAGGGCUUCAGAGGCUGGGGAGCUGAGAUGAACUGUGACACGAACCCUCUGGAGGCAGGACUGGAUUAUUUCAUUAAACUUAACAAGCCUGCUGACUUCAUUGGCAAAGCAGCCCUUCAGGAGAUCAAAGCCAAGGGCCUGAAGAGGAAGCUGUCCUACAUCGCCAUGAACACAGAUGACGUCGACCCCGAAGGCAACGAAACUGUCUGGUACAACGGCAAGGUGGUUGGCAACACAACAUCUGGAGCCUACAGCUACUGCAGCCAGAAGAGCCUGGCAUUCGCCUACCUACCUCUGGAGUUAAGCACUUUGGGCCAGAAGGUGGAGGUGGAACUGCUUGGGAAGAAGUACUCCGCCACCGUCAUCCAAGAGCCCUUAAUCCACACUGAGCCCACGCGGACCAGGCUGCAGAAAAAAGCUCAGAGCAAAGCGUAAGCGCAGACUGUCCUCGAUCAGUUUCCCACCAGUGAAUGAAGAACAAAUCCUACUGUGAAUCAUAAACAAGAGUCAGGGCGGAAAAGAAAACCGCGUGUGGUCGACGUCCUGAAUUGCUUGUGUCCACGUCUGUGGCCAGUUCAGGACAACUCGCAUUCUAACAAAGUCUGAAACAGAUGUGUGAAAGCUAAACAGUCUUACAAACCGGAGCUGUUUUGUUGGGAGAGUAAUUUCCUUUUUUGUAAUUCCAUGAAUGCUUGUCAAAUGUUUACAAGUCACCUGUUUUCUCUCUUAAAGGUGUCGAUUGAAGUCCUGCCUUAUGUGCUUUAAAAAAAAAAAAAAUCAAUAUGAUUGUGUCAGUGGAACAAAAUUUAUACUAAUAACCAAAAGAGUGUUUGCAAACGUGUGGGCAAAUAUUUUUUCUAUAAAUGUAAUUAAAUUGGUCUACAUUGAUGUGUUGAUAAUUAAAG